AGUCCGUUGCCCUCACCUUGUGGGACGGAUAGAGUUCGUUCGGCGUUUAAUAAUAUAUCAUUAUUGACAUUGAGAUAACUCGGUUCGGUUGCAUUCUUUAUGCAGCAAGUCAGCAACAUUAUAAACCAUUUAGUGUAGCGUUCGGCUUGUUAUAAAUAUGGCGCCUGAGAUCAAAUAUACAAAGCUGUUCCUCAAUAAUGAGUGGGUGGACGCUUGCAGCGGCUACACUUUUGCCGUCUACGCCCCUCACGAUGGCUCCGUCAUAGCUCAAGUCGCCGAAGGAGAUAAGGCUGACAUCGACAUGGCGGUAUCCGCGGCGAAGGUUGCCUUCCACUUUGACUCAAAAUGGCGUUUGCUGGACGCCUCAGCUCGUGGCAGGCUGCUCAACAAGUUCGCGGACUUAAUACAACGCGACGCGCAGUACCUCGGCGAGCUCGAAUCAUAUAACAACGGGAUGAACAUCCGCAUGGCGCUCGGGAUUGUGCAGAAAGGCGUUAAUGGAGCGCGCUAUGCUGCCAGCUUGGCGGAUAAGAUCCAGGGUGAUACUAUUCCAGCAGAUGGUGAUCUAUUUUCGUAUACCUUGAAACAGCCUGUUGGUGUUUGUGGUUUAAUUUUGCCGUGGAAUGCUCCUAUAUUAAUGUUUGUAAACAAAGUCUGCACAGCAUUGGCUGCAGGUUGCACAGUAGUAGUAAAACCUGCAGAGCAGACUCCUCUAACCUCCCUAGCCUUAGUGGCUCUACUGAAGGAAGCAGGCGUUCCCGCGGGCGUCGUCAAUGUGGUGACUGGCUUCGGUCCCGGCGCUGGGGCCGCACUAACUCAUCACCCAGAUGUUGCCAAAAUUUCCUUUACGGGGUCUCUUGAGGUUGGCAAACAAAUUCAGCAGGCGGCCGGAAAAGCGAAUCUUAAGCGGGUGACACUUGAACUCGGCGGCAAAAGCCCUCUGGUAAUAAUGAACGAUGCUGACUUAAACUUGGCGGUAACUUGGGCUGCGCAUGGCGUCUUCGGUAACCAGGGACAAAUGUGUUUCGCUGCGUCGAGGACAUUUGUCCAGUCAGGCAUAUACGACACGUUUGUGAAGAAGGCCGUGGAGUUUGCGAGGAAUAUUAAAAUUGGCAAUCCGGCUGAUCCGGACGUCGAUCAUGGCCCGCAGGUUGACGGUGAGAUGAUGAACAGAGUUCUCGCCUACAUCGAAAAGGGAAAGCAAGAGGGUGCGAGAUUGAUGACUGGUGGAAACCGGAUCGGCACAACCGGGUACUAUAUCGAGCCUACAGUGUUCGCUGACGUUGAAGACCACAUGAUCAUAGCUAAAGAAGAGAUUUUUGGGCCAGUACAAUGUAUCUUCAAAUUUGAGACCCUAAAGGAGGUGAUCGAUCGUGCUAAUAACACUAACUAUGGUCUUGCAUCUGGGAUUUUCACAAAGGAUAUCAGUGAUGCCUUGCACUUUAGCAAGCAUGUGGAGGCUGGAAACGUUUGGAUUAAUACUUAUAUGGCGUCUACAGCACAAACUCCUUUCGGGGGUUUUAAGGAUUCUGGAGUAGGGCGUGAAAGAGGAGUGGACUGCGUGGAAGAGUACCUGGAAAUAAAAACAGUCACGAUAUCAUUGCCGAAAACGUUUUAAGAUUUACUGACCUAUUACUCUAAAUUAAUAUUGAAUAAUCAAGAUUGUCUUAAAAAAACUUAUAAUUUAGUCGUAAGUUCUUUCAAGAAGUGGCAUGUGGACUUUGACUUUGUUUUAUACAUAAGAUAUCGAUUAUUUUUUAAUAUAUAUUUACUCUAAGAUAAACUUUAUCUGACACACAUCUAAAUGCUACAAUGUGUGCCUUUUUCUGCAAUUGUGUACAUAUAUUUCUAAUCGUUACACGAUCAUACAAUGUUCUUAGAAAAUUUGAAAUGUCAGCAUCGACCCCAAAUUAAAAAAAAAAUGGCUGGUUCAUACAUUUUGGCUGGUCUGAUAUUGAUAUCUGUACAUAGUAAAAGUUGCUCAGUAUGACCUAUAUAUUCACGCUGUAAAUAAUUGCAGGUGACUAAAAAAACAUUCUGUAUUCCGUUUUCUGUGUCAUAAAAAGCUUUGUCGACAAACAAGCUACAUAUUGUUUUAGUCUAGGUAUAAAAAAAGUAUCAUUAUUCGAUAUCAUGGUUGUUAAAUAUUAUAAUAUUAACUGUGAAAAAACAUUUAUCCAGCAAAUACAAUAGAGAUUAUAAGUAAUUAUAACUGUAGAAAUUAAAUAAAUAAUAUUAUAAUAUUUGUUAAGGUACCCUUUACACUUUAUUAUAUUCCUUCAUUUGAGGAAAUAUUUGAACAAAAACAUGGAAUUGCUGAAUCAUGCCAACGAUUACAGAUAAAUAAGCCAGUCAUCGUGGAUUCACGCGGCUCGGCUAAGGUGUUAACUGAGCAUGUUAGACUCAGACCAAGCUAAGUUGGAAGCGAAUUUAAUAGCCCAGACUGUGCAUGUGUUAAGUCAUAAUGUCAUAGAAGUUUGACGUUUAAAAUAACACUUGCACAGGCUGUGCUAUCAAAAUCAAUGCCAACUUAUAUAGCGAAACACAGACGUCAGGCGAAUCCAACGCUCAAGUGAAACAAUAUCGGUUAUAAUUAUACCAAGAUUUUUUUGGCAAAAAUGAGUGCUUGAAUGCAAAAUGAAACAUUGAUAAAAUAUACAAUCGAUAAGCGAGAUUCAAGAAAUAUUAUGAUGGGCUGUAACUUAUGGAGAAGUUAUGUAGGUACUUACGAAGAAGUUAACAUGGAUGCCAGACUUGCUCUGUUACGGUAAAACAGCGUAUAUAGGAAAUAUGGAAUUAGCUUUUUUGCCGUUGUUGGGCAGAGACAUGUCGAUGUAGCUAUGAUUUGGUCAAAACAACUCAUUUUUGCUAGAAAAACUUUAGUUAUAGUUAUAAUAAUAUUAUGUUUUGAAUGGUUGGGUAAGACAUAUUAAUAAAGUUUGAAAGUAAUCUAGUUAAA